AUCCUUCAUUUAUUUUUUUGUCUUUUUCAGAUUGUUUGAAGGACGUUCAUCAAGGAAACCAGAGAAGCUUAAAACACUCUUCUGCUACUUUCGAAGAGUCACAGAGAAAAAACCUACUGGGUUGGUGACAUUUACACGACAGAGUCUUGAAGAUUUUCCAGAGUGGGAAAGAUGUGAAAAACCUCUGACUCGAUUACAUGUCACUUAUGAAGGUACUAUAGAAGGAAAUGGUCAAGGCAUGCUACAGGUGGACUUUGCAAACCGUUUUGUUGGUGGUGGUGUAACCAGUGCAGGACUUGUACAAGAAGAAAUCCGCUUUUUGAUCAAUCCUGAAUUGAUUGUUUCACGACUCUUCACUGAAGUGCUGGAUCACAAUGAGUGUCUUAUCAUCACAGGUACUGAACAGUACAGUGAAUACACAGGCUAUGCUGAAACAUAUCGUUGGGCUCGGAGCCAUGAAGACAAGAGUGAAAGGGAUGACUGGCAGCGGCGCGGCACUGAAAUCGUCGCCAUUGAUGCUCUUCACUUCAGACGCUACCUCGACCAGUUUGUGCCUGAGAAAAUCAGACGCGAGCUCAACAAGGCCAGUAACCUUAUUUCUUAGUUCAUCUGCCAACUGUCAUCUAUUUACUGCCAUUUUAUUAAUGCUGAAAUUAAUGCUUUCUGGUAAUUCUUGCAGUGUCAGUAUGUCUGCCCACAGCUUUCCUGAUUUAAUGGCUCUGUCAGCUUGUACAAGAUGUACUUUCCAUUUCGUAAUUGUUUGAUUACCGAUGCCAGAGAGACUGUUUCUUGAUAUUAAGCUCCACACAUGCAUUUAUCUCAUCAAGUACUUAUAACUGCCUUGAAACAUUAUUAGUGUAAAGCCAUAUAGAAUUGAAUAAGCCCUCAAAAUUUUUUUCAGACUUGCCCAGUGACAUUUUUUCUACAAAGUAGGUUAUCAGGAUUAAAACAAAUAAAUAAUAAAAAAGUCAAAUUAAUAUU